UAGACGUCUAGGAAGGCUGAAUGAAAAAGCUGGACGCCACGCCGCUGCCGAACUACAUUCCCCAUCUUCCCCCGCGCGGGGCGGGGGGCGUUCUGGUCACCUGGGUGGGCGGCCGAGGAACGGGGAGGGAAGGCAGGCGAGGUGGGGCCGGCCUGGCCCGCUGCAGCUCCGGCCGAGAGGGGCAAAGGACGCGGCGGCGGCGGCGGCGGCGGCAGAGAAGCGGAGCUGCCUUCGGAUGGUUGCCGUGGGAGGCCUCCCGUUGUAGCUGGUGCCCACCCGCCCCCUCCCUUUUCCUCUCCUCUCCUCCCCCUCCCCUCCCCUCCCUCCUCAUCUGAAUCUCCCCCUCCACACACCCACCCACCCACACACACACACACUGUGUACCUGCACUCACUAAUGACAGCGUGGCUUGUCCUCCCCAUCAGCCUCUCUGCCUUCUCCAUCACUGGAAUAUGGAUUGUGUACGCCAUGGCAGUGAUGAACCACCAUGUGUGCCCUGUUGAGAACUGGUCAUACAAUGAGUCCUGCUCUGCUGAUCCAGCCAGGCACGGCUACCCUAAAAGCUGCUGCACCUUGGAGGAUGUCCCUUUAAUCAGUAAAUGUGGCACAUAUCCUCCGGAAAGUUGCCUUUUCAGCCUUAUUGGGAACGUUGGAGCUUUCAUGGUGGUGGUGGUCUGUUUCCUGCGCUAUGGACAGCUGAUCGAACAGAGCCACAGCUCCUGGGUGAACACGAUAGCGCUGAUCACCGGCUGUACCAACGCCACAGGCCUCGUUGUGGUCGGCAAUUUCCAGGUGGACUAUGCCAAAUCCCUCCACUACGUUGGAGCUGGGGUUGCCUUCCCAGCUGGCCUGCUCUUUGUCUGCCUCCAGUGCGUCCUCUCCUACCACGUGGCCGUCUCCACCCUGGACUUCUGGAUGGCGCAUCUCCGCGUCUUCCUUACCACCGUGGCCUUAAUCUCCCUUGUCCUCAGCGGCAUCUUCUUCAUCCACGAGAGCUUCCUGCUGCAGCACCUGGCGGCCCUCUGCGAGUGGGUCUUCGUCAUCGACAUCCUGAUCUUCUACGGCACCUUCACCUACGAGUUUGGCGCCGUCUCCAACGAGACGAUGGUGGCAGCGCUGCAGCAUUCCAACAGCAGAGGCUGCAAGUCCCCCGGCAGCAGCAGCACCUCCACUCACCUCAACUGCAACCCAGAGAGCAUCGCCAUGAUCUGAGGCGGGGGGCGGCGUCGGCGUCGGCGUCUGGGGGCCUGGCUCCUCCAGCCCAGCUGGCCGCCUCUGGUUCUUUUUUCCCCCAAUGGGGGAAGAGGGGCACCUUCUCCCUCCUGCCGGUUUUUACUUUGUACCCAAAGAUUUCUGUUCUUUUUAACAGAGAGAGAGUAUUCUUGCUGCCAACGCAACUCCCCCCCCCGCCCCUCACACAGUGCCACUGUCCGAGGGGAAGACGGUGCCUGUGACCAUCUGAAAGUGCUGGCUGGGCCUUGUUCCAGGAAGGCAGGGCGCCCUCGGCCAGCCCCAGCUGCUGCAGCACUGCCGCCGCCUCCUCCUCCCGCUACCUCUCGCCGGUAGGUGGGCUGGCUGCGGAGCCGGAGCUUCGGGCUGCCCCCUCAGGGCUUGUGCAGUCGUGCCAAAGGGAACCGUGGGCGCUUCCAGCCUCCCAAGGCGUGGUCUUGGGCCUGGUCCCGGUCCUGCCCGUGCUUUGGGGGUCCCGCCUGGGGUCCUGCAACUGCAGUGACUCUUGAAAAUCCGAGUGCAUCUCACUGCCACCCCCACCCUCUCCCUUCCGUCUGCAGGGAGCAAAUGGACCUCUGCAAGUCGGAAGGGGCAGGGAGGCUCCGUCGCCGCGGCUGCCCCCUUGCCCUCCUCCUGGCAUCAGGAAGGAGGAAUUUGGUCUGCUAGUCAGCUCCAAUGCGCCCUGGUGGGAGGGCUGUGUGUGUGUGUCAAGAAACAGAACUUUGCCUUGGCGGUGGGCAGGAGGAGGAGGCAUCCGCACAGCCCCCCGGCCCCAUCUUGCCCCACAGUCAGGCUUCAGGGUUCUCUUCUAGAGGGGUCCUUCAGCGGCUUGGGAGGCAGUGACAGGCACACAGCUGACCCUCUGCCCCAAAUGUCUCAGCUGGGUGGUUUGGGUAAAAUGUUUUGGUAUUUUUUAGAACUUUUUUAUAUAUAUCUCUAUAUAAAAUGUGUAUAAAGAGAGUUGUAUUGAA